AAAUUAAAGUUUAGUUGUUUGCGACGCACGGGUGUUGCAGACCCAGGCUUUGUUUACAAAACCAACAAGGCCGAUUCAAUUUAAAAUGUAACAAAUAAAAAAUGUGUAAUAUAUAUAUAUAUAACAUGUGUGCGUGUGUGUUUGAAAAGAGGUAUAACUGCAGUGUACAAAAAUGAAGUUGUGUGUUUUUUUUUUUUUUUUACACAAAAGCUUUUUAGCUGUGUAGAAAGAAAAGUAAACAUAGUGCAGAAAAAGGGCUUGUGUCGAAACAUCUCAAUCGUUGAAACCUUUGUGCACAUAAAAAAACGGUUUAUUUUACCAGAGCUAAAUGUGUCAAAUGUGAUUUUCUUGAACGUGUUUACAUUUCCUUGUUGACCAAUAAGUUAUUUGAGCAUCACAAAAGUGCAAUAGGACUUUUUUUUUUUUUUAAAGCAUGGGCCAAAGGAUAAAUAUAGCUACUAUUCGAGACGUUAUUAUUUGAAUAUCGUUGCUGUUUAUAAUGUUGAUAACUAAUAACCAACUGUAAAAAAUAAAGCAUUUGCAUUAUUUUAUUUAACUGUAUAUUACCAAAAAUCUAAAUUAUACUCGCUGAAUGUAGAUAAAAUCUGGACUAGUAAACUUUCUUAUUCAGUGACACUGAGUCAAGUUUUGGUACCUAUACCUAUUUCACUCUCUAAAAGCAGUACAACAAUUCAGUGUUUUAAUCAAUGUCAAGUAAUUGUCCAAAAAUGUUGUGUCUCAAUCUGGCGUCUAAGACCCAGUUCACACUACUGUGCUUUGUUAAAAAAGUGGGAGGCAAACAGAAGGACUUAACUGCAAAGCGUAGAGAGGCAAAUGCAUUUUUUAACAAUUAAGAAGCUUAAAAAACCAAGCAAACAGUUUUAGUAAUUGCAAACCUACAAAAUCAGGCAGGUGUUUCACCAUACAAUGUUCAAUAUGUACUUAUUGAGCAGGAUUAAUUACAAAUACAUGCAAGUAGCACCAAAUGGCACAACUGCUACCAAUGGCAUCUCUGCACAGUGCUACACCUGUAAUUCCCACAUGUAUUUUAUUUUAUCAAAAAAGUGUUAAAUAAAGAAAAGCAAGUACUGUUUUUUAGAAGCUAAGUAUGCCCUACGUUAGGCAGUUCAAAAUGUUUGCCAUGUCAGAAGCACUGGCUUUCUUUCUAAAAUAAAACAUUUUCUUUUGCGGAAUAAAACAAGUUUCACAGUAUACAUUUAACAGUAUAAACAGUAUGGUCUUAUUCUUCUAAGACAUUGUGGUCCACUGAGUUAGAGGGCAAAGUUUAACCAUAAUAAAAUAAGUUAAAACAAUAAUGUAACUUCUGCUAGUUAUCUCUUGCUAGUUUUAAAAUAUUUAGGUUUUUUACCUUAAAUGUUGGGGCAAGUUUUGCACUUGCUUCGGAUCGGGUACGUUAUUUUAUAUCUUUAACAAGGGCUGACAGAGUGCAGAACGACAGGGAUAGCAAUAUAAGCAACAAUUCUUGAACUGCCUUAUGAUUUCAGGUGCCUUUACAGUAAGAUGACACUGUCUGUUAAAGAAAGACUGCGACUCGUUUUCUAUACAUAAAUACAAUACUUCACUUGAACAAUGCAAGCAAAUUCCUACUUGGUUUGAUUGAUCCCGUCUGGUUGUCUUUUUUAUAUGAAUAUACUUAAUACAGAAUAAAUACAAACUAAACUAACAACUACCUAGCCUAUAUUAUUUAAUUAAUCAUUUUUUGUAGUCUCCAAACUGCCUGGUAUAAAUAUAUAUAUAUACCGGUGUUGUGCCAAGCAGCGUCAUCGGAAGAAUGGUGCCUCAUUUGUAGUCAGUACACAUUCAUUUGCACAGGCCUACAAUAUUUUUUUCCUCCAUCUUUGCCAAAAAGUGUCACUCGCAAUUAAAAUAUCAAAUCAAUAUGAUAGUUAUACAGUCUAUUGCACAUUGUUGCUUUAGUCGUAAUCUUCAAUGAGACACAAUUGCUGGCAACACUAUUUGGCAGGGGACACUGCCAGGUGACACUAUUUGGUAUAACACCGGUAGUUUGACUCCCCUGUGCCAUAUAGGUUAGGUGCCUACAGUCUCGAUCAGUUACAGUUAAAAAAUCAUAAAAGGUCACAAAAAUCAAGUUUUUGUUGAAAACAUUUUUACAGUUUUCCACAAAAAAAAAUAUACACACACACACACACAGCCCCCCUCCCCCCUCCCUGAUUUUUACGGUAAAUUGCUCGGUGACUUUGAACCUUUUCAAUAAAUGGAGUGGGAAAGUGGGUACAAACACUUCAUGUAGAGAAUACUGUUUUUGACAUUUUAAUCAAGUCUAUGUGGGGUAUAUAAACCUGUUUUAAUAUAGAAAAUAGACACGUUUUUAGAGGAAGAUGGUAUUUUAGAUUUAUAUAUAAUUUGAGAAACGCACAAAACGAUUGGCUUCCUAUACAUACCGUCCUAAAGUGCAGUUAAAUUAUUUAUAUGAACAUCUGUAAUCCUAGUUGACAUGGUGGAUGUACUCGUAUAGCACCAAAUGCUGUACUAAUAAUUCAGAUAGCUCUCCAAUUUAAUGCAGUACCCUGUGCAAAUCUCUGAUCCUUACUUCUACAAUAAAAGUCCCCACUCACCGGUCGUUGUAUUUCAGGAAAGAUAAAAUGUCAUAUCACAGGUUAUACUUUUACUUGUGUGAAGCUCCAUGUGAGAACUUGCUCUUAACAUUAUCUGAUUUGUUUUAAUUAUGUUUUGCACAAGAUCUCAUGAAUGAAAUAUAAUUAUAUUAUGAAUAUAAUAUAAAUAUAUGAUACAGCAUUCAUUGCAUACCAUACAGUGAUACUUAUGUCUAUAUACAUUUCUCAAUAACAAAGAUAUUUAAAAAUACACUUUUAUUAAAACAAAACAAUAUACACAAUACAUGUACACAAUUCAAAAUAUACAAUACAAAACAAUAUAUACAAUAAAACAAAGGUGUAAGGGUGGGUAUGGGAAGGGAAGGAUAUAUUUACAGAAGGUGUGGUUUAAUUCCAUGCUGGAGGUUUUUUUAGGAAUAUAUCACUACCAGUGUCAUUCAUAUGGACACCAAUCCCCCUAAAAAGCCCAAUCUGAUCAUAAUUAAUUUCGGGGUGCCAAAUCCCCCCCCUAAACCCCUUACAAAAUCCGAAAUUACAUUGUUCACCCAGUUACGUGCUUUGUUUAUUUUUGGAAAUGCCAUUACAUCUUUCCAAAGAUGUCGCUGGGUGAUGCACGAGAAAAUAAUUUUUGUAUUUGGAAAUAGCUCAUGCAAAUUUGUUAAAUCUUUUUUCAUUUUUCUAACUAAUUUCACACUUUUCAAUUUACCCAAAUCAUUGCCUCCAGUGUGAAUCACCAGGAUAUCAGGUUUGGAAGAAGGGGAAUUAAAAAAUAAAUCAUAAAACAAAAAAAUGCCACCUAAAGGGGCGUUCACACCGGACGCAGUGUGGUUUUCAAUGAAGGCGGUUACGCGCAGCGGAAGAGAUGAAAUAUGUUCAGCUUUUGCCGCUCUGCGUCGUGACGUAACCUACCAACAGCCAAUCGGAAAAGUAGGAGGUUCCUUUGCGAGGAAGAAAUAAAAAAAUAAAAUGGAGGAAAAGCUGUUAGCUUAAUUUCAGAUUUCCUGGCGUUGUAUAAUACAACAAUUAAUAGUUACAGGGAGGACUGUGGGUGUACAAAUGGGAUUACCAGGUAAGUGAAUAUUAAAUAUACAUAAUUACUUAAAUGAGAUAAUAUAUAUUUUUUGUGCUAAACUCCACAUUGAAAAUAAUUAUGCACCUGCUACUAUAACGUAAGCAUUUUUUUUUGUUGCUAAAUUAACUGCAGACAGACUUUUAAAAGAUAAAGCAAAACGUUUUAUUUGGUGUACAUAUAUUUUAACAGUUUUUAACAAAAUUAAUAAAAAGAGGGGGGUGAUUGUGGUGGUUGUGUUUCGCUCCUCAGUUUUGUCUUUUGUCAGUGUCUUCAGUUCUGUCAAAAGAGUUUUAUUUUCCCGCUGGCAUUUACUGUUUGUUGCUCGGCAACCAAAAGCCACUGUACCUGCAGCCGUGACGUAACAACCGCCCACUGACUUCACCCUGCCGCGUUUGGUGUGAACAGUACUGCAGCGCGGCGCGCAAGCAGACGGCAUGCACGCAGCGUCCGGUGUGAACGCCCCUUAAGCCCCCCUUCGUCCGAACCAGUGGACAGAGGAGUUUGGCAGCUGCAAGUCCAGCCCAAGCCUUUCUCUGGCAUGGCGUUCCCCCCAGUGCAUAAAACUGCCCAACAAUCCAGACUGAUGUUUCUGCAAAGAAAUUACAAGAUGCUGUUUAAAGUAGGUUGAUUGCAACAAUUACAUACUAAAACAAAACACAGCACACUUAUUAGGAAAAGUGUACUUAUUACGUGAAACCAACAGUCAGUUCAGUAAAAUGCACGAAUGUGUACUUUAUGGUUAUCAUUUGUUAAAUUUACAACACAGUAUGUAGUCAGAAUCAUAAUCUGGCUGCAGUAACAUUUUUUUAUACAUAUAUAGGAGACUUGUUUACAUACAAAUUAUACAUGUAUUUAUUUCUCUUUCGCUGUAUUAUUUGUAUGAAGAAAACCUAAUAUAAAUAAAUAAAUCAUUUGUCGUGCAAUUUAUUUUUAUGUGCAAUUAUAUUUGUGUUUAAAAUGUAAUAACAGUUUCUAAUACAACAUAUUAUCUAUUAUUUAAUAAUAGGUGUUAAGUUUAAUUCCCAGUUUACAAAGACGUGGCAAACUCUCACCAGAGUUGUCAUUUUAAAUUUGUAAUCGCCGCAGAUAUUUAUCACUAAUCACUAAAUAAAUAAAUGGUUGGAAUGUUUUUAUUUAUUUAUUUAUUUUUUUAAAGCAGCCACUAAACAGAAUCCCGUGUGAUGCCAUGGACAGUGUGGAGAUGGAAUCUGUCCCAAUUAAAGAGGAGUUCCCUGAACUUGAACUUGUUCCCUUUAGUGUGGAGUUCUCUGGGCUGGCUUGCCUCCCCAUUAAACAGGAGCUCUGUGAAAUGGAAUGUGACAGCAGUCAGCCAGACGUCUCUGAGAUUAAAGCUGAGCCCAAUGAAUUGGAGAUCCCCCAUACAGAAGAACUGCUUCCUGUUAAACAAGAAAAGGCACUGGAAAUUAAACAGGAGCACCUGAAAGUAGAGUUUGACUACAUGGAACCAGGGAAGGAAGAAUCUGAGGACUUCAAACCAAACAUCCUUGAGCUGGCGCCUGUAUGCCUACAAGAGUGUAGCGUGGUGCUGGAGAGAAUCUGCGUGAGAGAGCAAGGUGCUGGAGAGAAAGGCUCUCCCAACAGCACACAAGAUGGAAAGGAAGACAGGCGGUCAUAUUCAGAAUGCAGUCUAGCAGGUUCCAGUCCAGCAGCUACAGCAAGGGCGGGUGGUGGAGAAUAUCCUGACUGUUGGAAAGGUUUCACCCAGUUAGGGCAUUUUAAAACACACCAGCAAAUUCACACAGGAGAGAAACCAUAUUUCUGCUCUGACUGUGGAAAGCGUUUCACUCACUCGGGAAUCGUGAAAGCACACAAGCGAAUUCACACAGGCGAGAAACCGUAUCCCUGCUCUGACUGUGGGAAGAGUUUCAGACAGUCAGGAGACCUGAAAACACACCAGCGAAUUCACACAGGAGAGAAACCGUAUUGCUGCUCUGACUGUGGGAAGUGUUUCAGUCACUCUGGAAUCCUGAAAGCACACAAGCGAAUUCACACAGGCGAGAAACCGUAUCCCUGCUCUGACUGUGGAAAGAGUUUCAAUCAGUGUGAACACCUGAAAAAACACCAGCGAAUUCACACAGGGGAGAAACCGUAUUGUUGCUCUGAAUGUGGGAAGAGUUUCAAAGAUUCAGGAGACCUGAAAAAACACCAGCGUAUUCACACAGGAAAGAAACCGUAUUGCUGCUCUCAAUGUGGGAAAAGUUUCAGUGACUCUGGAACUCUGAAAAAACACCAGCGAAUUCACAGAGGAGAAAAAACAUAUUGCUGCUCUGACUGUGGAAAGCGUUUCAGACAGUCACAACACCUGAAAACACACCAGCGAAUUCACACAGGAGAGAAACCGUAUCUCUGCUCUGACUGUGGGAAGUGUUUCAGAGAUUCAGGAGACCUUAAAAAACACCAGCGAAUUCACACAGGAGAGAAACCAUAUAGCUGCUCUGACUGUGGGAAGAGUUUCAGCCAGUCACACAGCCUUGUUUCACACCAGCGAAUUCACACAGGAGAGAAACCGUAUCUCUGCUCUGACUGUGGGAAUAGUUUCAGAGAUUCAGGAAACCUGAAAAAACACCAGCGAAUUCACAAAAGAUAGAAACUUUGAAGACCAUGUUCAAUGGGACUUUUCACUCAUUUGGGGGGGGGGGGAGGCAUUAACCUUGCAUUAUGAGUCCCUGUGUAAUAGUAAUCUUUUUAUAUCACUCUUAACAGCAGGCAUUUUAAAUGGUAAAGGUGCAGUCAGUGCCUGGGAGCAGGAAUAUGCAGAAAGGAAACAAUUCCGCAACUUAUCUGAUAUACAAGUCAGUAGAAAUCAAAAACUUGUGGAUUUAAAUUUAAAUUUGAUUAAUUUGAAAAUAAAUUAAUUGAUCGGAAUAAGUAUCCUGACUCUGUUGUAUAGCAUCCAUAGAGACAAGACUGCACCGUCCUUACUGGGCAAUUGCCUGGAUGAUUUGUCUUGUAAAUUCAUCACUUUUCUAAAAUGAAUGAAAAAUGAUAUUAUGACAUGCAUCACUGAAUAUUGUGUGACGUAUAGGUUUGCAAUGUGCAUUGUCCAUGCUUUUUAUUUUUACCUGCUUUUAAAUUGCCCCAAAUAAUACAAGUGUGGCAAGCAUGUGUGUGAUCUUAGAUAUAGAAAGGCAAGUAAAAGAGUGGGGAGGGUCUAUAGAUUUUGCAAAGGAUUUAUGUACCUUUAGUAUAGAUAGAUAUAUACCAGUGUGUGAUGGGGUGCAGCCUAUUUUGUGGUGGUUUUGUGUUUUUUGUAUUGUUUAGAGUGGAUAUGAGUGAGUUUGGGGUGUGGUUCAGUGAAUUUGUGUGAGGAAUGUGUGGAAUGUGCCUGGGCUAAUGAGGUGCGAAUUGCCCAAUUAGCCCAGGCACCUGUAUAAAAGGGAGUGGUUGGGUAUGUUAGUGGGUGAGUGUUUGGAACAGUGAAAAGACGUGUGUGAGAGAGUGAGUGAUUCUUUCUGUAUAGUUUAUGUUUAAAGCCUGUUUUUGUGUUUGUCUUUUUGGUUGGCCACCGUGCCUUUUUAUUUGUGUUUUGUCAAUUAAAAUAUUUUGGUUUCACUGCAUUUUCUGUCUCCGAGUCUUCCCUCUGCUGCUAUCCUGCCACACAGUGCUAGACUGGGUCCUUGUUAAAUUGUGUAGUGAGGCCAUUUGUGCAAUCAGAGUUCUCAUGAGACUUGACUAUACAAUUAACCCUUAACACUAGAAAGACCGAAGAUAUAGUCAUACCUAGAAGCCCCGCAGCAGUCUUUCUGACAACUGUAUUCAAAACACUGUACAUAGUAUAACUAAAGGAGAAACAGUUGGAUGUAAUUUGUUUAUUUUUUUUUUAUUCAUCAUCUGAACAACCGAUGCAUAUAUAUGUGUGUGUGUGUGUGUGUGUGUGUGUGUGUGUGAGACAAGCAGACUGUAGUGGAUGACUUCAGACCAGAAAGGAAUACACAGAGACAGUAGUGGAGUUGAAACUGAAAACGCAAAUGGCAGCACUCAAUAGGUUUAAGAAACAAUUAAAAUAAAAGGUUGACCAAAACAGAACACCGCACUUUAAACCAAAAUAAAUAGACGAACAAAACGGAUUAACACUAAACAAACAGGGACGGACAGACAAACAAACACGAUGAGUCAAAACAAACAAGUAUCGUAAAUAGCAAUUGUUCUGAAUUAUUUUGAAUGAUUUUACUUUAUUUUACUCCUCUCUCUCCCAUUCACGACUCACCGAACACCCAACCCCGAGUGAAUGAAAUGUGCAUCUAUAUACACUGUUGUGCCGGGAUUCAAUUACUAAUCAAUUAUUCACUUGAAUCCCAGCACAUGAAUUAAUUAUGUGCAACCUCGUGCUCACAUAUUAAAUACUUUAAAUGCACAUGAAGUGAUGUGCAAUCCCAUGCCUAAAUACAAUUAUACAUUUUAAAUAACUCGUGCUGCACACACCCAUUUAUAUCCCGUGCAGCCAUCUCUUUACACCAACAUUAACACACCACACACAACAUAAAACACAAGAAUACACACAGGGGCGGGGCACAUUGCCACAAUAUAUAUAUAUGAACAUUUAUUUUACAAACCAAAACAAGAAAAUGUAAAUAAAUAAACAUCUGAACAGACAUCGGUUUACAACAUACAUAUUUAUAAAACUGAAACGAUAGCAAUACAUUUUGAACUUUUGAACAGCAAUCGGUUUAUUAUCAGAUGAGCAAAAACAACUGAACAACAUAGAUAAAAAAAAACAUUUUACAGAAGCACACAACACAAGAAGCUAUAAAAAAAAAAAGUUAAUUUCCUUUUCUUUUUUUCGAUUUUUCCGUAAAGGUAUUCCUUUACCUUAAGUCUAAGGCUGUUCACAAUCGACACAGAUAAUACGCUUCUCCACGCCGCCUUUCUGCACAGGGCACAGCUGUCUGAAGUUUUAUUUUUAUUGCACUUUCCAACCUGGCAUUGGCGUUUCUUGCGGCUCACAGUGGGGUUGCCAGCUUCAGCUGUGGGUACACGCUUGGCAGUCUCCCUCUGUUCCAAAUGCUUCUUGUGAAGUUGCUGUGCUAAUUGUAAAAUAUAUUCUCUCCUUGGUAAAUUCUUCUCCGUGCAUCCUUUGUAAAGUACCCAUUAGUUGAUGGCUGCUAGGUCCAAUACAUUGUAAAACACCUGAACAGACCACCGUCGGGAGCCAGCUUUCACGGCAUACUUCCGUGCCAUCUGAUCCAAAACAACUCCAUAUUUUGUUGCGUUGUAAAACUCCACGGUCUCUGGUAUUUAUUUUUACUAGUCCCAAUGCUAAUUGACUGACCAAAGCAGCGCAGCUGACAGGCAAGCGCCAGCCUUUGAAAAGGCUGACUGAAAAACAUGACUGUCAGUCAUUUUACUCAGGCAGAGAGUAGAGACUAAUCUAAUUACAGCUAAACACAUUGCAGACUGUUAAAUAAAAAUAAUAAAGUAAAAUACUGUGCUGUAUAAUCAAAAUACAGUUCUUUUCUGUGUGGCUGUCAAUGUGACUGCUCCUGGGGCUUUUAGGUAUAAUGUAAUGUAUCUCCUUUAUUUCUGCACUCCCACGUUUCAUGCUUUGUGAGAAUAUUUAAUACAUACAGACAGAAAGGUACACGAACGCAGAGCCCCAUAUGUGUUACACGACUGGAGAAAAUUACAUUUUAAAACCAAAAACCGCCAAAAUGACUGCCACGGGGCUUCUAGUGUGAAAAGUGUGCUGAUUUAACAAUUGAUUAAUAGGGCUGCAGUGAAGGGUACAUUUUGACCUUUGAAGGUUCAGAACACAUUACCGAAGGAAGAACCUUCAAUGGUACUAAUUUGCAUCUACUGAUUAUGUCACCAUAGCUACUUGUUUAUAUUGGAUUGAAAAUCCUGUUAUUUUACAGGUAAUCCAUAUAAAUGGAAUAAAACACACAUGUAGUUUAAAAUACGUUAUAUAGAACAGUAAUCAUGUUUUUAUAAUUUAAAUAAAAAUACACAUUGUUUAUUUAUACAUAAUUGAUGCUGCUUGCGAUAUAUACAGUAAGCUUGCAUUGCACCAGCAUCUUGGCAGCCAAUUAAAAUAAUUGCAGCUGACAAAGCUUUGUUUAACAGUCACUGUUCCAAGCAGGUUAUCGGUCACAGUCAUAUUUUACUACUACUAAAAAUAAAAAUAAUAAUAUGAACUUAGGCUUGUCAAGUAACCCUGGAGAUUGGUUGUGCCCCCAUGAUACAGCAACAGUCGCUUGCACAGUUUGCAUUCAAUCUUUUUUUGGUCAUCUGGGCAUUUAAUAAAAAAAUCCCAAACAGCAGAUGGGUUUUGAGACAUUUCUUUCAAUACAACUUACGCUAUACAACUCUUUGCUGUCGAGAUGGUGAAUGAAGAAAUUAAAGUUCUGCCUCCUGGAUACACAAGCUGGAGGGGGGAAAUUAAAAUUAUUAGUGUUAGCGUAUAUUCUGUUUGUUUCAAACAUAUUCUACCACAGCACUUCUCUUACACUGUCUUGUACACUAGGUAUUCAGUACAUAUUUUACUGAAGCACUACAACCGCUAUAGGUACCUACCAGUGCUUUGGCAUAAUGUACCCUCGGGUGUGCAAUUCGUAUCACCCAAUGCCCGGGACAACAAGUUCUACUUUGUCCAUCAGACAAGUAGUUUUUAUGUGUUUAUGUUCUGUUGCUAGAAAGACACUACGUGUAUAUUUCUAGAGAGUCGCACAAGGUUCUGAAAACGGAAUUGCGGAAGUCUAGCACCAAAGCGCAAACAUUUAAAAACGUUAAACGUUAAAUUUAGAAUCCAAUUAUUUUUACUCCUGAUUUUCUCCCAAUUUGGAAUGCCCAAUUAUUAUUAUUAUUAUUCUCCUUCACCACGGCAAUUGCCCACACAGCUCAGGGACUUAGUGGGCACCUCUCCAAUCCUGGGAACGCCAAAGCCAAUGCGGUGCCCCCCUCCCAGAGUCCCCAGUGAAGACCGACUGCCUUGCACAACCAGGAUUUGACCUUGUGAUCUCUGGUAGUAUGACUCGCCCUGCAUGCUGAGCGGCAGUGCUUUUACUAGGUGAGCCUUCGGGGACUAACUAAGAGGACUUCAAACUGGCAUGCUCCACCUGGGUCGGAACCUACACGUGUCAGGACCCAGUGUCAUACGGGUCAGCUACGUGAUGUCGCACUACUUUUGAUAAAGCAGGUUUCACCUGGGUGACAGAAGCAAGUAAACAAUGCACAUAUCAAUGCCCCAGAAGCAACUUGUUACUGACGCUUCCAUCCAAGCUUCUCUGGAUUAAACCGUCAGCCCAAAUGUUGAUUAGAGCAAACAUUUCUUCAUCACUGCUGCAAUUUGGCUCACUGUGUAUUAAGCAACAAAAAUAUGGCUAAAAAACGUUCCUUGCGGAAGUGAAACAAAGAAGAGAGCUCGAGCUGGCAACAGUAAAAACAGCAGAAGGUUUUGGUUCUUGAGAGAGAGAGGAGUCAGUAGUACACUUAAGAGGGACAUCAUUAACCAGCAAGGUUUAUUGUUUUAGAGGCGUGGGUCACGGCUGGCAGUGACUAAAUAAAUACCUGUAAAUAAUAAACUGUGAAUUCGAGAACUGCAAUCCCUGUCUCCGUCUGUCUUCAUUUUCACACAACGUUACAGUAUCGGCGGAUUAGAAAAAAUGAUCGUACUUAUUCUUUUUUUUUUAUUUUACACGCUUCUCUCGCUCUCGCUCGCUCCUCCGAACACCCACCCAGAGAAGGGAGAACUGGAGGCUUUUAUUUACUAUGGCCGAGGGGUUAACUAUCUCAUCACCCCUCGGCCACAAUCUGCACAAGUAUUUUUAAAUACUACUGACAGAGGACGAGCUGUCGACUUUGCCUCUGCCAGAACACAUUUAAAUAAAAAUAACAAAACAUGGCUUCGCCCUGUUACAGGAAGUUUAAAAAAAAAAUAAAAUAAAAAAUGUAAAAUUUAUGUUAGAAGCAUUUCAAGACAAACUUUCCCUGGCAAAAACUGUAAAAAAAUAUUUAGAUUUUUAGUGUUGCUAUCCUAGUUUAGUAUCUACCAUAUUGUGGCAAUGUACCCCGCCCCUGUGUGCAUUUCUGUGUUAUAUGUUGCUUGUGGUGUGUUAAUGUUGGUGCAUAGAUAUGGCUGCAUGGGAUAUAAAUGGGUGUGUGUAGCAAAAGUUAUUUAAAAUAUAUAAUUAGAUUUAGGCACGGGGAUUGCACUUCACUUCACGUGCAUUUAAAGUACUUUAAUAUGUGAACACGGGGUUUUCACAGAUUAGUUCACAUGCUGGGAUUCAAGUGAAUAAUUAAUUGGUAAUUGAAUCCCAGCACAAUUCACAUUUCAUUCACUCGGGGUUGUGUGUUCGGGGAAGGAACAGGAGAGAGUGAGGAGAUAAUUAAAGUAUAAAAAGCAAUUGCUACGUGGUACGUGUUUGUUUAGUAUUCGUCCCUGUUUGUUAGUGUCUGUUCGUUUUGUUUGUCUGUUUAUUUUGGCUAAAGUGCCGUGUCCUGAGUUUUGUUCAAACCUUUUUAUUUAUAAUAAACCGCGCCACAGCGCUUUCAUUCAUUAUUUUCACUCGCAGUGCUGUGUGUUCAUUUCUGGUCUGAGGUCAUCACUAAAGCCAGCCUGUCACACACAUUUACAUUUUUUUUUUUUUUUUUUAGAUUUAAACCCUAUAUUAAAAAAAAUACUUUUUUUUACUAGAUUUGAACAAAGUGGUAUUAGUUAUUUAUUGGACAUGCACAAUCCAUUGAUUUGAAAAACUAUUGAAAGAAGUGUAUAAUAGAAAUAAACAAAAGAAACAAACUACAGUCAGCACUCACAUAUCUGACCCUAUAACAUUUUGACUUCAGUGAAGGUUAAACGAGUGUGACGCAUAUCUGAUUAUUUCAUAUGAUUUGACGUGUAUGAAAUUUGUUAGUGCACGAGUUGGGGGAAUAACACAUCAGUAAAAGACAAACUUGUCAUUUUUUUCAGGGAACACAAAAAAGAUACAAUGUCAAAAAUGCAUAGCUGAAAUGAAUGUUUUAAAAUAAACAGGCUUCCAUGUAGAUGUACUACGUGUAUCUGUGUAACAGAUAUCUGAGUGCUGACUGUAUUUAGUCUUUGCAGAAUUUGAUGGAGCCUACUGUAAAUAUUGCAUGCAUUUUAGUAGAAAUACUGUAAAAAAAGCGAGAAACUUGACAGGUUGUACCUUUACAAAUCUGGGAUUCAACAGUUACAAAACUGAAAGAACCUCAAUAAAAAUCAGAAUUCCACAAAGCAGCAGUAAUAGUUGGCAAU